GUCACAAGUCGUUUGUGAUAUCGCGGCAAUUCAACAGCAUAUUUACAGUGGCGCUGCGUUUCGGUCCGGCAGGAAGAGAAAACGACUCCCUUCAGUAGAAUGUUUCCAGCCUAGUUUGUGUAGUGUCGCGAAGAAAUAAAACGAUAAGAACACUGAACGAACGAACGCAAGUGUGACAGGUGUCCCCGCGUCCCAUCACUCUUCCUGUUUUCUCUCUGUGUCUAGUGUGCAUGUACGCGUGAGUGUGUGAUAAGCGGUGAUAUAAGCAGAGUAUGAAAAUAUGAGUACAUCAACGCCCACAGCACAGCAGACGGCCGGACCCGGUGCCGGUGGACCGCCAGUACCGCCGGUGAAGCCCGUUCUUUCGUCGCCCGGCGCCUACAUGGCCAACUUCCAGGGGUCGGGUGGUGGCGGCGGCGGUGGUAUGCCAGUGGCGGCACCCCCCAUUACGGCCGGCAUCCACGGGACGAACAAAACGCACGAGAAGCCGACGAUCGCCGCCCGGCCCAUUCCACCUCCGAAGCUGCCAAACUACUCGUCAUCAUUCAACAAGAUCGAUCGAGAUCGCAACGAAUUCACCAAGAUCGACAAAGCGGAACGGGAAAAGGUUAGCCUGUUGGCAACGAAGCGCGAAAUGUUCUUCAAGUCGGAGAGCAACAGUCCGUCCGGACCGCCACCAAAUCCACCGGUAGGGCUGAACAGUCUCAACCUGGCUAACAACAACGUGAUCCAUAAUAACAGCGCAAACGCGGCCAACGAUAAACACAGCACGGCAGGGCUCACUAACUCGGUUGGCGGCGGCGGCGGCGGUGGCGUCACUAACAACAGCUCACCGGCCGCGGUCUCGAUUGGCGCAAUGGUCACCAAUAACAAUCACAACGGUCUGAACGGUGCACCGGCCACGAAUGGUAGCGCUGUGCACGCGGCAGCAGCAGCGGCGGCGGCAGCAACCGGGAACAACAAUCUCGGCGGAGGUGGUGGCGGUGGCGUGAACGGGCUGGCGACCAGCAUGAACAGUAUUUCGCUGAAGGAGAAGCGGGACGCCCUGCUGAACCAUCACGAUAGCGGUGCGAACGGUCACCACGGUCAUCAUCACCAUGCGGAUGCGGCGAACGCGAAGCUAGCGAACGAACGGCACGAGAAGGAGAAGCCGGUGAUGAAAACGAAGCCGAAGGAGCUGGACGGGUACGUUGGGUUCGCGAACCUGCCGAACCAGGUGUACCGGAAGGCGGUGAAGAAGGGCUUCGAGCUGACGCUGAUGGUGGUGGGCGAGUCGGGGCUGGGCAAAUCGACCCUGAUCAACUCGAUGUUCCUGUCGGACAUUUACCACGCCGAGCAGCAUCCGGGACCGUCGAAGCGCAUCAAGAAGACGGUGGCCGUCGAGAGCACCAAGGUGCUGCUGAAGGAGAACGGCGUCAACCUAACGCUGACGGUUGUCGAUACGCCCGGUUUCGGUGAUGCCGUUGACAACAGCAACUGCUGGCUACCGAUAGUGGACUUUGUAGAGUCGAAGUACGAGGAGUAUUUGACGGCCGAGUCACGCGUCCACCGAACGGCGCUGCCCGAUUCGCGCGUGCACGUUUGUCUGUACUUUAUUGCCCCGUCCGGGCAUGGGCUGAAGCCGCUGGAUAUCGAGUUCAUGCAGCGACUGUGCGAUAAGGUGAACAUCAUUCCGGUCAUUGCCAAAGCGGACACGCUGACUCCGGAGGAAAUCACUCUCUUCAAGAAACAGAUUCUAAACGAAAUCGCUCAAAAUAAGAUUAAAAUCUACGAUUUCCCGGACCCGAUGGACGAGGAGGAGGACGCAAAAGUACUUCGCCAGCUGCGCAGCCGCGUUCCGUUCGCUGUGGUCGGUGCGAAUGCAAUUAUUGAGAUCGAUGGUCGCAAAGUCCGUGGACGACGCUACCCGUGGGGAGUUGCUGAAGUUGAAAAUUUGGACCAUUGUGAUUUCAUCGCUCUGCGCAACAUGGUCAUCCGGACGAAUCUGCAGGACCUGAAGGAUGUGACAAACAACGUGCACUAUGAAAACUAUCGCUGUCGAAAGCUGGCCGGUUUGGGUACCGAUGGCAAGGCCAAACUAAGCAAUAACUUAUGCAAUAUUGGAACUGUUAACACAAACGGUACUGGAUGGAAUCCACUGGCUCAGAUGGAGGAGGAAAAGCGGGAACAUGAAUCGAAGAUGAAGAAAAUGGAAGCCGAAAUGGAGCAAGUGUUUGAGAUGAAGGUGAAGGAGAAGAAACAAAAGCUCAAGGACUCGGAGGCCGAACUAACCAGACGUCACGAGGAACGAAAGAAGGCACUCGAGCUUCAAAUUCGUGAGCUGGAAGAUCGCAGAAAGGCUUUCGAGCAGGAGAAAGCCGAAUGGGAACAGCAAAACGGUGUCACGCUUGACGAGCUGCGCCGCAAGAGCCUCGAAGCCAACAGUAAAGAAACUGUGGACGGCAAAGGUAAGAAAAAGAAGGGCCUUUUCUAGAGUUUCGCUCACCGUUAGAGUGUGGUGUAAAGGACGGUGGGAAGAAAAUGUGCGCACACUGCUAUUACUACUACCACUACUACUACCACCCGGAGAUUGGCCAGCGAUGAUUGAUGACGCGGACGAUGAAGAUGAUGAUAAGGAUGAUACGGACGAGAUGAAUGUGUGGUGGCUGGGAUGUCAGGAAAUGCAGAGAGCGGUACGGGAGUGGAUCCACCCUAAAUAUAUGCCCCGCUCGGAUAGAAAUGGCACAGGCGCACACUUCCGCCACUACCGCCAUUACGGUCUGCUACUACAGCUCAAACGGCGUCUACUAAAAACAGAAUUCCCCCAACAAAAAACUCCCCCCAACUGUGCUGGAGACGCGACUGCCACAGUCGAGUAUAGUUUAGGUAAGGUUUAAAAAGACAGUUAAACAAAACCGAUCAUAGCAUCACCGCUAGCCACCCGCCACUUCACGAUCAUCUAUCCUCUGUCGCAUCCUAGCAAAACAAAACACAGCCUCUCUUUCUCCCUCGUUCCGCUCACCCGCUCAUCAUGCUUCCCGAUCAUCAUACAGUAUACUUCAUAAGAGAUUAGUAACACCAUCGGUCACAAGAAAAGGAGAAAGAGCAGAUAUUUUUAGGCAGAUUUUCUCCAGCUGCGCUAGUACUAGUGAACGGAAAUUCUAGUACGAUCGCGCGCACAACACUUCACACUGCUGCUGACAGUGCUUCAGGGCGAUGGCGACAUUGACGAAAACAGAGGGACAAACCAGCCGUGUGUUGUGUGCUUGUAUUAGUGCACUACGCAAACGAGGGCCUACGGAAGGGAGCGAAAUGCGAUAAAAACAUAUAUUUUGGUGUAUAGUCCAUUGGAAUUAAGCUUAAAAAAUACGCGACGACUUACAAUUAAACGAGAGCGCUGCACCUCAUAUUAUUUCUUGCAGGGCUAUAUAAUCGAGUGUGAAUGACUUUUCUCUGCCGCAUGCACGAAUGUUGCUUUCUUUCAAUCUUCAAAUAGAGAAAUUAAGAACGGUAAAUCCUACAUUACCGGAAGGUAAUGUCCCGUACAAGCAACACCUUUGGUAUGAUAUAAAAUUCAUGAAUGCUAGAGAAAAAAAAUGUUCAGAAAACACAUAAAACGGCAACCUUAAAAUCGGUCCUCCCCCCACCGUACACCGCACGAAUGGAAAGAGCGUGACUGUGAAGGUUGUAAAGACCGGAUUAAUGGACGAACCACGCAAAACAGUUUGGUACCAACACACCAACAAAUCCAUUUCCCCCCCCACAAGCAGAGAGACAGAUAUGCCAUAUAUAUAGACAUUUAGAGUAUGUAUAUUUAUUAAAUUAUUUUUAAGAAAACAUGGCUUAUUUUUUAUAUGAAAAAGACAAGAGAGCGAGAGAGGGAGAGAGAGAGGGUAUUUGUAACCCGGUUUUUCUUUUUAUAUUUACAAACACACAUACACACACAGGCGCAAUACACUAUUGUUUAAUAAAGUGAUAAGGAGUAAAGGGUUGCGAAAUGAAGGAGCGAGCAGCGAGAGACAUACAUAAAAGUUUCCUCUAAAAAAUGGACGACAUUGACAAGAGCAGCUAAUAAUGCAAUAUGCAAAUGUUACUAUGUUAAAAGAUUACAAAAAAACGGAGGGAAAAGUAAAGAAAAAAAUCACGCAAAUGAAAACGAAUCAAUCAAUAGCCAGUAAUCAACAAGUAUAAAACAAUAUAAAACAAGAGCAGAUAAAAGGAGAGAGAAAUAAACAGCAACACGACAUGUUCGUGUACACAUGUUCCUCUAAAGUUAAAAUUAAAGGGAAGAGAUAUAAAAACAAAACAAAUAUGCUUAACUAAGCAAGUAGCAGCAAGAUAAAACAGAAACAGUAAUUUGAAGAUAGCAAACAGAUGAUAGAUUUCUUCCCGUUCGUAGAGACGGUUCGAUUUCUGUUAAAAAGACAUUCGCUAAGUACAACACCAUAUAUUUGAUAUAAGAUCAGCAUAAGAACAACACGACAAACGGCGGUACCAAUAGCGGUUAACAGCAGCAGUGAUUUUUAGCUACAAACACACACAGACACACACACACUCGCAUUCACUCACCAGGAUAAUAGAGCACAAACGUCCCAUUUUUUCGAUCAUUUACGAUUUAGCGCAAUUUAUGCAAAACAUAGGCACAGGCACAGGAAUUUUUACCUUGAUUAGAUAGAAAAAAAGUGUAAGUAGUGUUGUUUUUCUUGUCGAUCGUUUGCGAUAAGAGGAAGAGAACUCAAAACUCCCCACCACCAUCCGGUUAACCAUCUUUUUGAAAAGGCAAUUGCUGCUAUAAACUAGUCGAAUUUUUGUACUAAAAACUACACUCAAGAUAAACAAAAACAACGAAAUAAAUAAGGUAGGGAGAAUUGGAAACAUUUGAAA